AUGAGGUAAAAGUGGGCGGGGGCGGCGAGCGCGAGCGGAGGCCAGCAGCGCCCAGGCGGAACGAGGGCAACGCAGCCGGCGAACAGGCCGCACCGAAGCGAGCGCCAAGAAGUCGGAGGAGGGGGAGAGACGGGAGCCGGGCCCAACCGCCCCGGGAACCAGCUCAGCCAACCCCAUCUCCAUUUCCACGCCGCCUCAGCAGCAGCGCCGCCGCCGCCAUCUCUUGCUCUGCCCCGCCAUGGCCGAGACGAAGGAAGCGCAUGAGGAGCAUGACGCAGCAACUGACAAUGUAGAUGAUUCUAACCAUGACCCCCAGUUUGAGCCCAUAGUUUCCCUUCCUGAACAAGAAAUCAGAACUCUUGAAGAAGAUGAGGAAGAGCUCUUUAAGAUGCGUGCAAAACUGUUCCGGUUUGCAUCAGAAAAUGACCUUCCAGAAUGGAAAGAGCGUGGCACUGGUGAUGUAAAACUCCUCAAGCACAAAGAGAAGGGGACCGUUCGCCUCUUGAUGAGGAGAGAUAAAACCUUAAAAAUCUGUGCAAAUCAUUACAUUACGCCUUUGAUGGAGCUGAAGCCGAAUGCUGGGAGUGACAGGGCAUGGGUGUGGAAUACACAUGCUGACUUUGCAGAUGAGAGCCCCAAGCCAGAACUUCUGGCAAUUCGUUUUUUAAAUGCAGAAAAUGCACAGAAAUUCAAGGCAAAAUUUGAAGAAUGUAGGAAUGAAGUUGAUAAGAAGUUAAAGAAAGCAGGAGCAGACAAAAAUGAUAGCGCUGAUAAAGUUGCUGAGAAAUUAGAAGAACUUUCUGUAAAGGAUGAGAGCAAAGAACCUGAGAAGAAAGAAGUGAAGGAGGAAACUGAAGAAAAGCAAUAAAUCAUCUUGGGCCUUGUAUUUUUUUUCUUUUUCUUAACUUUUUUAAUUUUUACAAGGGACUUUAUAAAGAACUGUAUUCCAACAUUCGAAGUUUUUUUCUAAGCUUUUGCCCUUUUUGAAGAGAUCUUCAGAAAAAUCCAUUCCCCCAGUCAUGAAAAUGUACUGUGCUAAACUUUCUUUUCCAUAGUGGAAACACUUAUUUAUAGUCAUCCAAGAGAGUGAAUAAAGCUUUGAAAAAUGGUUAUCAGCGGACAGAACUGAGUUUUUCUAUAUGCUUCAGAUGUAUGACUGCAGUUCUUACAUUUUGGGUUUCUAUUUUUGAGUGCAUAUCUUUAGAUGAAAUGUGGUAUAACUGAUUCUUACCAAUAGGAAAGGUGCAAGUAAUAAAGAUGUUUCUUGUAUGUUGUGUCUGAAAGCUGUAAUGACUGAAACAAGAUACUUUUAAUGCUGAGAUUUGUUUUCCCUUGUCAUUAAAACCUAGAGUGGCCAGCUAUGUAAAUCUUUGAUUCUCCGCUUGAAAUAACUGUAUUUUAUUUUGAGGUGUGCUCGUUUAAUUUUUUUCCUGUUCUUUUCAAAAUUCUAGUACAUACUGUUAGCUACGCAGUAUUUGCUGUGUGAUGUUUGACUCUUACCCUUCAGACAUCCACAGACAGAAUAUCUCUGGAACUUUCUUAUUAGAACAGGGGAAAUACCUCAACCAUUCUUCCCUUUAAAGGACUCUUGCCAGUGUAUUUGGUAUCAGUGUAUUUGAAGGUUAAAGGGUCUUCUCUGUCUCUCUUCAGAUACCCCCUUGUGAAAAGCCACCAUAAGUGGAUUCUUAUAUUGUCAAAGGGAGAGGUGAUGCU